CCUGUCAAAAGCUUAUCAGUAUUUGAUAGAUAGAAUAGAUAGAAGCUUUGUGACCUGCUGGCUGAGCAUCUUGUAGUGGUCUUUUUUGGGAAGUUCGCCUUUCACCCCUCUGUCGUUAUACGUAUGAUUAAACGUUUUAAUUUUUUGAAAGAAAAAUGAGUGAGGAGGUCGAUAAUUCGGAUCAACUGGAAGACUCCGUGGCAGCAUUGAUCAACAGCUUGAGAAUCUCUAACGUUAAAUCCAGGAACAUAGAGUGUAAUACUGAAGAAUACCCGUUAACCGAUAAAGUUGGAUUUGUUAAACUGCCCUGUGGUCAUCAAAGGUCACCAGACUAUAUCGUUGCUUGGUUUAAGUAUUAUCUUAAGCAGAGUGAAACAGAGUUUACCUGUCCUGCAUAUCAAGAAAGUCAGAAGAAAACCUGUGGAAGAAAGGUGUCUUAUCAUGAUACCUGUAAGCUGAUACCACUGACACCCAAACAAAGGGAAUUUUUGGAAGAAAACCUCGCUAUACUUGCUGCUAGAAGACUGUGUGAUUUUAAACCAUGUCCAGGAUGUCGGUCUCAUGUAGAACGACAAGAUCAGAAAAACCUGUGUGUACGCUGCACUCUUUGCACAGCCAACAUGAAACGCACUUAUUACUUCUGCUGGCAGUGCCGGAGAGAAUGGAAGGGGCCGCAUAAUAAUGCUGUGAGGUGUGGCAAUAAUGGCUGUGGAGAGAAAGUGGUGGCUCCAGAUCCUCUUGUGAAAUGCAAUCCUGAAUUUAAACAAGAAAAACUUAGAAUAGAGGGAGAUGAUAUUUACCCAACAAAGGACAAAUCCCCCGACAGAAAGCGUUUGGCUCUGCUCAUCAACAAUGUUGAGUUUGAGUACCUCAGUGAUAGGACUGGGGCAGAUAAAGAUGAAUGGAGUAUGGAGAGGCUGCUGAAGGCUUUGGGUUACACUGUGUUCACACUCACAAAUCUCACUGCGCAGGGUAUGACUGACGCUGUCCAAGACUUUGCCAAACGAGAGGAGCAUGUCCAAUCAGACAGCUGCUUUUUGGUGUUCAUGUCCCAUGGAAAUGAAAAAGGGAUCAGUGGGAUUUCCACCGAAGAUAGAAAAGAGGAUAUUUUCUCCACAGAUGAAAUUUUUAAAGCUUUGAACACUCCAAACUGUGCUGGAUUGCGAGACAAGCCAAAAAUCAUCCUCAUCCAGGCAUGCCGAGGUGGUGAGGACGGCUGUGUGGAAGUCACGGACAGUAUACCAUUAAAUAGCAAAAGAACAGAGCACCGUGAAAAAGAUUUUUGCUGCCUGAGAUCCUGUACACCAGAUACAGUGUCUUACAGAAGCAAAGAGAAUGGCUCUCAUUUCAUCCAAGAUAUUGUGGAAAUAUUUAAUCAGCAUUCUCACCAGGAGCACAUUGAGGAGCUUUUCAGAAAGGUGCUUAAGAAGUUUAAGGAGAAGCAUCCAGAUCAAAUGCCAUGUAAAGACAGAACAACAUUGUCUAAAAGGUUUUACCUCUUCCCUGGGCUGUGAGACUACAACUUCUCAUCAGACUGCAAAUUUCACAUUUUCUGUUUUCUACUAGAUUAAUAUU